AUGUCUACUUUAGACACGUUGCGAAACCACGUCCGCCAAGAAUUCGAGAGCUAUGUCAAUAACCAUAUACCAAUACGCAUCAUUCAGUGCGACGACACUAGACGCCUGAAGUUGGUUGGGCGUCGAGAAGUCAGAGAAUAUUUCCAACGUCAUCUCGACCAGCUUGAGCUGGGGGAGCCUGCAGGUGCCGAGCUUCACGCACAGAGAGCACACGUCAAGGACCUGGUGCGGAAGACGGUCCGCUACGCUAUCCUCUCCCACAGGUGGUCGGACCACGAAGUCACUUUCCAUGACUUUGGCAGAAUAUGGUUCUUCAAGCCAGCUGGAUGGACCAAGGUUGCCCGUUUCUGCGCCGAGGCAGCACGCCAGGGCAUGCGCUUCGCGUGGAUCGACACAUGCUGUAUUGACAAAGCGAGCAGCGCUGAGCUGGAUGAGUCCAUUCGGUCCAUGUUCAAGUGGUACCGGAAUUCGGCACUCUGCAUCAUCCACCUUUCCCAGACUGCGUCGCUGGACGACAUGGCCGGGGAUGACUGGUUCCGCAGAGGCUGGACGCUCCAGGAGCUUUUAGCUCCGGAAAAGGUCCAGUUCUUCAACAGGAGCUGGGACCGAAAGAGUGACAAAUCACAGGACGACGAGAGACGGGUGACUGACAUCGCUUUGUGCGUUGCCUCCGAAGUUACCGGGAUACCCUUGGAGGACCUAGAGCGGUUUCAUCCAUCUCCUCGCUACGUUGACAAGCGCAUGAAGUGGGCAGCGAAUCGGGAGGUCACCAGAGUGGAGGAUGUAGCAUACUCUCUCAUGGGCAUCUUCAACGUCUCCAUCUCAGCAGCGUACGGAGAAGGCUUCGACCGGGCGUUCUGUCGCCUCGUCGAAGCCAUCAUGAUUUCCGGCGGUGAUCCCUCCAUACUCAACUGGGCAGGACAUUCAGCUCAGCAUUUCACCACGCGGUGCAUGCCCGCUUCCCCGGCCAGCUAUCUGAACCAACCGAAAAUCCAUCCAUCAGCGUACGGUCUUCAAGCGGAUAUGGCCCUCACUAGCAAGGGUUUGCGCCACUCCAUUGUCAUCAUCCCUCUGAUCCUCAGCAAGGUUCGCGAAGGAGGAUAUACCUUCUCUUUUACCAAUGGUUCUCUCCCUAUGGUCGAGUUAAACGUCAAGUUGUUGGAGAAUAUCGGGUUGAGGUCAAUCCGAGUCAUGAGGUCCUAUGCUUUCGGCGCCACAAUCUACACAUUGACCAAAGACCCGCAUUCAAG